UUUGUUUUAUAAACCCAGGGCCGUUCCUACCGUCUACCGUUUGUAGAACUCCUGUCUCAUCAGCAUCCAGCUACAAUAACCUUUCCUACACCGUAUCAACAACUCAUACACCAUCCACCACCACCAACAUCAGCCUCAUCUUUUUAAGACUACCACCACUCUCAUAAAAAUUUUUGUUAAAACACACAUUUCCAGAAACACUAAGGCAUUUGGAAAACCUUGCCUAUUUCAAUCCGUCGACGUUUUCGAGCCCCUUUCACAAUAACCUCAAUUUCGACUUAAAACCGCACUCAUGAGUCCCUCCACAAUGCCCGCUCGCCAGGACGCCUACUCCGUCUCCAUUCCCGUCUCCCCUCCUCCUCCAUCAGAUAUCUCUACCUACAUGCGCUCGAUGCAUCAGCACACCAAGCGACAGAUGGAGGCUGCCAACCGUUCAUCGACGCGGAGGUCCGGUGGGCGCACUAGCUACCCCCGUGUGAACGGUCACAACAACGAGUCUUCCAGUCCCGAUUACAGCUCAUAAUCUGUUAUCCGAACAGUAUGAACAUCAAUACCGGGCUGGUGAUUCACUGGUCCAUGCCUCACAUGUCAUUUAUAGAUGACUGGCACACUUUUUUCAGCGAUUGGCGUGGUGAAGAGUUGAACGACGCUGCAAACUGGCACAUCUGUUCUAAGGCAAUGUGUGCACGCGUCCGAAACAUCUUGGUAUAGCGAUCUGGGUAACAUAGCAUCACAUGGCGUGAGCAAUUUUUUAUAUGGGAUUGUUGGUUGGUUUUUUUACUUUUAUUUUUUACUUGUGGGCAUUGGUCUGCAAGGCGUUCGGGGUUUGGGACUAGCGGGUGUUGCAAGGCUUGAGGGAAAAGUUAAGCUUGCAACGUCCAUGAGUUAUGACAAGAUCGAAUGAUAAUUCGAACCGUUCAAUCGCUA